AUGGAUCCAGGUGUAAGGGACGACUCGGAUGUAAGUGAAACUGUAGUAGUCAAUGAAGAUGCCUGUCAUAGUAACGAAGGCAGCGAAAAUACUGAAUGUGUGGACAAUAAUGGCGUGGAUGGAAACAACGCUGAUUCACUUAUUGAUAUGAUUGACACUGAGCUAAAUGACAAGGAUUCUAUAAUCAGUGGUGACGGGGAAGUUGAACUUGGAGCAGAGAAACCCAAUAGUGAGAUAAACAAACCAGAAAAUAGCCAGAGUACUGUACCAGUUAUUAUAACCAGUUGUGAGAGUGAUUCUGAAAAUAACACUGAUGAGACUUGUGUUAAACAGACUAAUGAUGGGACGCAGUCAACUACAGAAUUGAAAACAAGUUGUGAGUCUGAAGAUGAUCACGGUGAUCAGGCUGCCACUACAAUAGAAAGUAAUGACACAGAUUCUAUAAUGUGCAGCAAGGAAGUUGAACUUGAAGUAAAGGAACCCAAUAGUGAGAUAAACACACAAGAAAAUAGCCAGAGAACUGUACCAGUUAUUAUAACCAGUUGUGAGAGUGAUUCUGAAAUUAACACUGAUGAAAUUGGGAUGCAGUCAACUGCAGAGAAAAAAAUUAGUGACGAGUGUGGAGAUGAACACUGUGAUCAGGCUGCUACGACAACGGAAAAUAGUGACACAGAUUCUGUAAUCAGUAGCGGGAAAAUUGAACUUGAAACAGAGAAACCCAAUAAUGAGACAAAUAUACCAGACAAUAGCCAGAGAACUGUACCAGUUAUUAUAACCAGUUGUGAAAGUGAUCCUGAAAAUAACACUGAUAAGACUUGUGUUGAACCGAGUAAUGAUGGUACGCAGUCAACUACAGAAUUGAAAACAAGUCGUGAAUCUGAAGAUAAACAUGUUGAACAAGCUGCCAUAACAACAGAAAGUAAUAUUACAGAUUGUACCAGUGUGACUUGUAAUGGACAGCAAGAACAUACUAUAACCAAUGCCAGUAUUGAAAUUGAACACCAAAAUACUGGUGCUGCUAGUGAAUCAUCGAAAAAUGCUUGUGUUGUAAAUGAACAGCAGCAGCCGGAGUUGGAAAAAACAGUUGAGACAGAACGGUUGCAGCAGUGUGCUGAUGUCGUUUCAGAGAUGAGUGCCUCUGAUCUUUCACAAACUCAGCCUGAUAGCGAAGAAGGUUCGCUUUCUGAAAUGUCUGUGGAAUCGGAUUUUCUUGCAACUGGAAUGCUACCUAAUGGACUGAACAGAGAUAUGGCCAUUUCUCAGUUACCUGAAUACAAAGAAUUACUUGAAAAAUGUGAAACAAUGUACAAAAGGUGUGAAGAACAACAACAACACAUUCAAAGGCUUCAGAAGUCAGGUCAAGAGAAAAACAGAGAAUUACAACUUGCCCACCAAGCUGCAAAUACACUGAGAUCAGACAUACAGAGAGUACAAGCCAAGGAAAGCUCUACUAUUGAAACAUAUCAAACCACUGUUAAGCAGCUCCAAGCAGCUGUUGAAUAUCAAAAAAGAGAAGUAUCUCAAAGCAGAGAGAAGCUAAUGUCACAUGAUGUGGCAGCAAAAAAGGCAUUGUCAAAAUUACAAAAAGAAAUGGCAACUCGGGUUGAUCAGGUGCGCAAGAUGUAUGAAGAUAAAGUGAAAGAGAAAGAAGCCAUGGUGAUAAAGUUUGCCCAAAGUGAGAUAGAAUUACUGGAACAAAAAAAGAUCAGUGAAAACUUUGAAAAGAGGAUUGUGGAACAAAACAAACAGAUGGAGGGAGCUAUGGUGCAAAUAAAAACUAUCAGAUCUGAAAGAAACAAAGUAAAAAGUGUACUGGAGGGCAAGGACACUGAAAUCUCUAAUUUACAGAAGGUAGUUGAUAAACAAAAAGAAGAUAUCAGUUCUCAGAAUAUCAAAGUUAAGUGGGCCCAGAAUAAGUUAAAAACAGAGUUGGAAGGACAUAAUGAAACCAAGUUGAAAUUACAGAAGACUGAAGCCAAACUAAUUGAAGCCAGGGAAGAAACGGAACAAAUCAGGAAUAAUUGUAAAGAAAUGAUUAAAACAUACCAGGAGAAUGAAGAGAUCAAGUCCAAUUCACUCAACAUCGAAUUAAAAAUGAAGCUCUCAGAACUUGAAACAGAAAAAAGACACAAGUCAGAUCAGGAAGAAAUAUUUCACCAAGUUAACAAGGAAUUAGAAUCUUUGAAACGUACUUUGAAGAGCAAAUCCAGUGAAAAUAAUUUACUUACUGAGAAGGUGAGCCGAUUGGAACAGGAGAAAUCACAAAAUGAGAAUGUCCUAGUUCAGUUUAAAGAAACUCUCAACAAUCAGAAAGAAGAAAACAGGAAACUGGCCAAACAAUUGCAUCAGUUGAAGAUGUUGGAAGAUGAACUGAAAACUGAAAGAGCAACAGUACAGAGACUGGAAGAAGAACUGGAGACAUUAGAAACCAACAAUACUGACUUAGAGAGUGAUAGGAGAAGCAACAAUAAAAAACAGUCUGAGUUGCUACAAUUUACAGAAAAAAUGACUGCCAAGAACACAGAAUUAAUUUCAGAAAAUAAUACUUUGAAAAUCAAGGUGGAAACAUUAACUACUGAAAACAAAAACUUAACGGAAAUGUGCAAUGAAUUGAAGACCUCCACUACUAAGCUGUCAUCUGAACUACAAGAAGAGAAGAAGUUGAGACAGGAAGAGAAUGACUUGUUAACAAACAAACUGGAAGAGAAAAGCAAAGCUGUGGAGGAACUAACUGUGCAAUUAGAAGAUAUGAAAGAUGAGAUCAGAACAUUGAAGAGGAAACAUGCUGCAAAUAUCAAGGAUUUAAGUCGACAGUUACAGAGUACUAAGAAGAGACUAGACAACACAGAAGUGAGUACAAACAUUCCCGGUCCUGCUCCUAAUAAGGAAACCCUGAAUACUGGCUCUAGGACAAGUUCAAACGGGUCUAUUGACACAUCCACAGUGCCUGCUUCUCAUGUAUAUAGCAGUUCAUCAAUGGCUGCGCCGCCAAUGGUUGUAACAAGGACACCAUCACAGGACAGAGAUCAUGGUGACUCCUCCGGAGGUGGUAGUGAUGUGCCUUCUAUAAACAAAGCUAUGCUUAUCGAGAGAAUAGUGAAACUGCAAAAGGCAAGUCACCGCAAAACAGAAAAAAUUGACUUUCUGGAAGACCAUGUUAAUCAGCUGUUGGAUGAAAUCCAAAAGAAAACCAAAAUAAUCCAACAGUUUGUACUACGAGAACAGAGCGGAGCGUUAGCACCAGCAUCAAUGGACGUUAAUAAGGCCAAAAUGGCUAAACAGGGUGGUAUCAUGGCCUCUCUCUACAAAUCACAUGCUGUAGAUCCUGGUAUGACGCUAGAUUUGUCAUUGGAAAUCAACAGGAAAUUACAAGCUGUAUUAGAAGAUACCUUGCUUAAAAACAUUACUCUCAAAGAGAACAUUGAUACGUUAGGAGAUGAGAUAGCAAGACUAAGUGAACAUGGUAUAUGUACUGAUAUCAAAGGAACUAAAAGGAAAUCCUGAUAGACAAUACCCCUGUGUCAUAAUGUUUUACCUUAAUAAGAAUGUAUCGUCCCCCAUCUUAAUGUAUUAUAGUACAUUCCAACGAAAUCUGUAUCAUUUUUCCCCAAUGUGUUAAACGUAGAGUCUAACAAUUGGUGUAGAUUUUGUUAUACCGAUUGUUCAACGCAAAGAUUCAUAGGACAGUUUGCAUACACAUUGAAUGUUAACUUGUCCCACAAUGCACUAAGAUCUGUGUAGACUGGUCUAAGGUAAUACCCG